AUGCUGAGCGUCGCCUUGCUGUGCAUGUGCGCCGUCACCCUCGGACGCGUCUCGGCUCGCUCCGACAGCGGCAAUUUUUUGGAUGAUAAGUGGCUUGCCGGAAGAUGGGAUAGAUUCAGAGAUGAAGUGGAGGAGCCGGGAACAUGGACCCCAUCCAAGCCCUUUGACCAAGGCCUUGAUCCAGCCAAAGACCCUUGUCUGAAGAUCAAAUGUGGCCGUCACAAGGUGUGCGUGGCUGAAGACUACAAAACAGCCGCUUGCGUCAGCCAGAGGAGGGUUAGCUUUAAAGAUGCCAGUUUGUACCAGAAUCCUGGCUCCAAGUGCAAACCCUGCCCCGUGGUCCACCCUUCCCCUGUUUGUGGAACCGACGGACACACCUACUCCACCAAGUGCAAGUUAGACUACCAGGCAUGCAUCAGCGGCAAGAAGAUUGCUGUCAAGUGUGCUGGCAUGUGUCCUUGCCCUACUCAGCCUGAAAAGAGCUCUACAGAGACGAAAGUGUGCAGCGAGACUGAACUCAAGGAAGUAGUGGGUCGACUGAGAGACUGGUUUAGAGUGCUACGUGACAAUGGCAACCACAAGAGAGACAAGCUCCAGAAGAACAAAUUUGAGAUCGGGGCAUCACCUGUAUGCAAAGAUCCUCUCGGAUGGAUGUUCUCCCGCUUGGACACCAACUUUGACCUCCAGCUUGGCCAAUCAGAGAUCAAGAGCCUCUACCUGGAUAGAAAUGAGCCUUGCUCUGAUGCAUUCUUCAAGUCGUGCGAUACACACGCCGACAAAGUUAUUUCCAGCUCUGAAUGGUGCACCUGUUUCCAGAGGUACACAGACUCCCCUUGUAAAGCUGAGCUGUCAUCCAUCGGCAAGAAGCAAGCGGGAAAGAAGCUGCUCGGCCAGUAUCUGCCGUCCUGCGAUGAGGACGGUUACUAUCGCUCGCACCAGUGUCACAGCAGCAGCGGCCAAUGCUGGUGCGUGGAUCGCUAUGGCAACGAACUGGCCGGCUCACGCACUCAUGGUCCAGCUGACUGCGGUGUUAUUUUAGAGUCUUCAGGAGAUCUCGGUAGCGGUGACUCCUUGGAAACCGAAGACGACGAAGAUUCCUUCGUCCUGAGCGAGCAGGCCGGGAUGGACGAUGAGGAUGACGAGGAUGAUGACGACGAUGACGAAUAUGUGUCGUAA